AUGAAGUCAGUACUUCGAAGCGCUACUGCCGCGAGGCUGGGCGCUCCCACCGCAAAGCUGCAGCAAUCGCCACUUCGAUCGAUGCGAUCGCUUUCGACCAUGCGAAGCGCUCGCCAGUCGUUCCAGCCCAUCGCUCGCACUUCGAUCCUCCCUUCUUCAAGAGCACUCGCUGCGCGAUCCUACUCAACCUCGCCGAAUCAGCAGCAAGUCCUCCAAUCCUUCGGCACGCCCUUCGCCCAGUUCAUCUACACCAUCUCGCGCAUCGCCCGCAUCAUCACCUUCUCCGCUCUCGGCGUGGCCACCAUCGGCGUGGUCUCCUUCGAAGCUGCCCACCAGUAUGUUGAGCAUGUUGCGAUGCCUGCUGCGUCCUCAUCUUCCAGAACCACAUCGGAUGAGUAUGGGUGGGGCGAGCUGGCGCUGGAAGAGUCGUGGUCCGGUUCGCCAACCCGAACGGGAACGGAUCCUCGGCUGGGGAUCAAGGGUCGACAUGCGGUGCGGUCCGCGUGGAUGAGCGCCAAUUGGGGCGGCGGCAUCUCGCCCAGUGUCCUGCUCGGCGGUGGUGCUGCAGGCAACUCUGGGCUGGGACGGACAGCAAUCACUUCGAUGGGCGCCGCAAAGACGUUGCAGGUCGAAGACGGAAUGAUCCUCGCCAUGCAGUAUCUGAACCUGGCGGUCAAGAUCGCUGCGAGCAAGGGGAUUAAGUUGCCUGACACGGAUUCGAUUCGAGCUGGAUUCGUGGGAGAGGCGGCGGCCAAGGAGCAGUUGAGGAAUGUCGACCCGCUGGCGAUGGCCUUGGAGGCGAGAUUGGCUUCGGUCAAGGAGAGGCAGGGAAGCAGGGGUGCGUUGGAAUCGGCCAUUGCGAGCUAUGAGAAGCUGUACGAUAUUGGGAGCUUGACGAACGAGGGGAGGAGCGAGAAUGCGAGUCGGUUGGUGAGGCUCGCUACCAAGGUGGGCGAUCUUUAUUCGGCAUUGGGACAGAGGGGCGAUGCGGAGGAGUGGCUCAAUCGGGCGGUCAGUAUUGCUGCUACUGCUGGAGCGAGCACGCCGGAGAUGCAGGGCAAGCAGAUCGAGGAGGUUCCAGCGGAAGAGCCACAGAAGGCUUCUUCGGGAGGAUGGUUCUCUCGAUCAAAGGCACCAGCCGCAGCCAAGGCAGCAACACCCACCGAGGCUGUCGCAGCAGCACCGCCAACACCCACUCUCGGCUCAGACGCAGCACCCACCCCAGCCCUCACCCGAUCGCUCAUCACCGCGCUCGUCUCCAAAUCUGCCCUGCACGCCCACACGCCUACCCCAACCUCCCUUCAACAAGCCCUCCAAACCCAAAUGUCGGCGCUCCAACUAUCCACCGCUGAGCUCAACCGUCUUGUCGCUACCCCAGCUUCGAGCGGCCCCGCCGAGCUGCACAGGCUGUGGCUCACACACCACCAGUCGAUUCUCGAUCUGCAUGUUGCCGAGACGAUGUUUGCGCUCACCCGCGGCGCCGUUUCGGGGACAGCAUCAAAGUUGAUCCCGGCGUGGUUUAGGGGUGAGUCGUCGACGGGUAGGGUCGGCGAGAAGUCGAUCGCCUGGGUCGAUCAGGCUGAGAAACGGGCGGAGGGCGUGAUCAAGGCGCUGGAGAAGUCGGGCAAGAGGGGUAAGGACGAGAUGGUGUUGGAUGAGAGGUGGACCAGGGAGAAGGAGGUGGCGCUCGCCGCGGGGAGGGUGCUGAGGGAUGCCAAGAGGGUCAAGGAGACGGCGAGGAGGAGUAGGAGCACGUUGGAGGGUUUGUAG